CGCGAAAUACGCUAACAAAGACGAGACAAGUAAACUAUUCGCGCGUAGUACCAGAAACGACAGUAUGACAAACAGGAAAACGAAGAAGAACCCCACCAUCCAACGCGCAACCUCUUAAAUCACCCAGUUCAGUUUUUCAUACCGUUUCGUCGUUCCCAUAAUUUUUCUCGGCCUAGUCUUCCUCAAACGCGUCUCUAUUUCUUUAAAAUCCGCUUUUGGAUUCAACUAUAUAUCCAAAUUCCAUUUCCCAGAUUUUUACUUUCCCGACCAAUUUGCGUGUCCAAAGUUGUUGCGAUUUUGACCUUUCAUUGGAUAACAAUUUUUGUCGACCCAACUUGCCUAAAUGCCGGCGCGUCCUUUUAUUGGUUCUUUUAUAACAAAAGCGUAGUGAUUCGGAACUUCAUUUGAUAAAUUUAUGAUUGCAGGGAAUGAAGUGGAUUCGUCGAGAAUUCUUGCCUGGCAUAGGAUUUGGAUUAUGGGUGCGCAUUAAAAGCCAGAAUCACUGUCAUGGUGCAGAGAACUGCCAGAUAAAAGUUUUCACCGGGGGAGAUGGGGAAAGGGUUUGAUUUUGCAUGUGCUUUUUUCAUCGCAGCUUUUGUUUCUCGUGGAAAUUUAAUAUAUAUUUGCACUUUCCCAAAGACGCUUGAUUUUUAGUGGGUGUUUAUUCAAACUAGUGGAAGUUUUGUCAAGGGAAAUGGAAUCCAGUAAAAGAACAUCAAGCGUUAUUGCAAGAUUGAUGGGUCUUGGUGAAAUGCCGCUUCAGCAACCUGUUCAGAAACAACAAAGGGUCUUUCGGAGUAUUACUUUCAGAGAGUUGCUUCUAUAGGUGUCAUGGGGAAGCGUUCAUCUCAUGAGCAUCCUUCAUUUAGGAUGAGCAAUGGAGAGCGUGAGGAAUUAAAUUAUAUCUUUAGAGUACUGGACACACUAGAUAGACAUAAGCAACAUAAUCUGCUCGUUGAAGAGGGGAAACCUAGCUCCAAUUCAUCAGAAGAAAAAUUGGGAUUCGUAAGGCAUAAUUUUCCAAAUGCAAAAUACAUUUCAGUGGAUAAGAAGUUUCAAGACCUGGCAGAACUUCCAGAUGCACUGGAUAUUACAUAUAUUAAGAAGGAUCCCUUUCCAAAAUAUCUCCAAGAGCCAGAUUCUUCAUUUGCCAAGAACUUUCAUAAUUGGAAGGUGUAACUUCUUACUCACGAUCAGGCGAUGUUCCAGUCUUGAAAUCAUCAUGUACUUCUUAUGGUAUCAAUAUUAACAAAUGUAGAAAAUUAGGGAGGAAGGCUUUGCAAGGAAAUGUUAAAUUGCUGCACAAACCCGAGAAUGGGACUAAUAGAAAUCCCCAUGGACUUGGAAUUGAUGAUAUCUAUAAGCUUUCAAGAUCUCAAUUGGAGUCAAAUAGUGAAGCAUGCCAUUCCCCCAUGAAAGUUGUUAUUUUGAAACCAAAUCAUGGCAAGAUAGAGAGUCAUACACUAAAUUUCUCUUCAUAUAGUUCUUGUGAAGGUUCACUUUUGGGUGAUAGGUGGCAUAAAGAGUUUCAUAGUACUGAAAAUGGGGCAUAUGUAUCCAGGGAAGCAAAAAAAAAAUAUCAGACCAAUGGAAGACAAAUAAGAAGGUCCAGAAAGAUGGAUUGGCUGGUAGAGUCAGUACUCUUGGUGAAUUGUUUGCCUUGGCUGAUGAUGAAAUUGGAACUAGAAAUGUUUAUUACAAGCCUAGUAAGCAUGGCCUGAGCAAUCAAACUAGUCCAAAUGAUAAAGAUAGUGAUCACUUAAGCUUCAUCAGCACAAAUGUUUCGAAGGAUGGGCCUAUGAUAAACUUUCCAAGGUCCAUAGUUCUUUCUGCACCUUCUGCUACUGGGAAUUCCAGACCCCGGACCAGAUAUGAAGGCCUUCAAGUGACUGGUAUUCAAGCCUGGAAAAGUCUGUUAAUUGGGCGCAACACAAGUCAAGAAAGCAAGCUUUACAUCCGAAAGAUGGUUUAGAAUAUAAAAACUUAGUCAGCAAUAAGAAAACUCAUUCCUUUCCAUGUUUGGAUUUGGAAAGUAAUGAUAAUGUAGAAGCAGCGAUGUGUGUUGUCCUGGUUGAGGUGAAGGUCAAACUUGAGAAGGAUCUGUCUAAUCAGAAUUGUAUGGGCCCUCAGUCUUCAAGCUCCACUGUUUCUCACUCUGCUUUGGAAAAUAGUUGCUUUGUGUGGGACACAUGGGUGAUGGAAGGUGAGAUGAAGAACAAGCUUGACAGCAGCAAUAAGGAUGAAUGCAACAUUUCAGUUCCUCAGUCCUUAGUCUCCAAUGUUGCCUCAGUGAGCAUGGGAACUAAUGUGGUGGCUGAUGCAGAGUGUAAGGUCGUGGGUGGGGCUUCUGAAAAUUCCAAGGAAGAGCAGUCUGAACCAAUCAUCUGUAUCUUAGAGACAAAUUCUGAUUCUUAUAGUCGUGCCUCCUAUACCUUGAUUCAACAGAGAAAAUCAGUUGGAUUCCAUGAAGAAGGUGCUGUGUACUCACGGUGCUUUCACACAGAGCCAGAAUCUAUAUUGAGCUCAGAGGAGGCUUAUCAUCCUAGUCCAGUUUCAGUUCUGGAACUACCUUUCGAAGAAGAUCUUUCAAAUGAUUUGGAAUGCUUAGACAGUAUCAGCACUGACAUAUGUGAUAUCUCAGAAACACACUCAGAAGGACCUGGGAUGAUUGUGCCGAGUGACGAAGAUUCCAGAGAAGGAUCUGUAGGCGACCCUCAAGAAAACAUAGGGUUAAUGGGAUUGUUUAGAGUUGAAGAAAGUAGAGGUUACUCGUACCUUAUUGAUGUCUUAACUGAGGUAGGUUUUCAUGGUGGCAUCCUAAAUAUGGAUUUUGGUACCUGGCACACACCAGAAUGCCCAAUAAACCUUUCAGUUUUUGAGACCCUUGAAAAAAAGUUUGGUGAGCUGGCUUCCUGGAAGAGGUCAGAUAGGAGACUUCUCUUUGACUAGAUAAAUUUGGGGCUAAUGGAGAUUCCACAGCCAUGCAUGGUUGUGCCCAAAUGGGCAAAGCCUGCAUCCAAAAGAUUCAACCCUAGGCCAAGUCGGAACAUGAUUGAGGAAGAGUUAUGGAUGUUGCUGGUAAGCCAAGAAAAGGAAGCAAGCAUGAACUUGGCAGCGAAACCGCUGCAAAAGGAACUGGGUUCUGUAGAUUUAGGAGAUGAUAUCGAUCUUAUAGGUAGAGAAAUAGGGAGCUUGUUGAUAGAUGAGCUUGUUUCAGAGGUUAUUAGCAUGGGCACUUUUUAGACGUCAGCGUGUUAAUGUUUUUGUCAGAUAUAUUGAAUGAAAACUAUUUUUUUGUUCCUUUUUUCCCUAAGCCUAUGAGAGCCAUUCAGAAAAAGA